AUGGAAGCUAAAGAACCCGUCAAUGGAGGAUCCGUACAGAUCCGAACGGAGACACGAAAGCUUCCGAAUUUCUUACAGAGCGUGAACAUGAAAUACGUCAAGCUAGGGUACCAUUACCUGAUUACUCAUCUGUUCAAGCUCUGUUUGGUUCCUUUAAUAGCGGUUUUAAUCACAGAGAUCUCUCGAUUGACCCCAGACGAUCUCUACCAUCUCUGGCUCCACCUCCAAUACAAUCUCGUCGCCUUCAUCCUCCUCUCCGCUCUAGCCGUUUUCGGCUCCACCGUCUUCAUCAUGACCCGACCCAGAUCCGUUUACCUCGUCGAUUACUCCUGUUAUCUCCCUCCGGCGAGUCUCCAAGUGAAAUACCAGAAAUUCAUGGACCACUCAAAGCUAAUCGAGGAAUUCAACGAUUCCUCUCUCGAGUUUCAGAGGAAGAUUCUGGAGAGAUCGGGUUUAGGAGAAGAGACUUAUCUCCCUGAGGCUCUACAUUCCAUCCCGCCGCGUCCGACGAUGGUGGCGGCGCGUGAGGAAGCCGAGCAGGUAAUGUUUGGUUCACUCGACAAACUAUUCGAGAACACAAAGAUUAACCCUAGGGACAUUGGUGUGUUGGUAGUGAAUUGCAGCUUGUUUAAUCCGACUCCUUCUUUAUCCGCCAUGAUUGUUAACAAGUAUAAGCUUAGGGGAAACGUUAAAAGUUUCAAUCUUGGUGGGAUGGGAUGUAGUGCUGGUGUCAUCGCCAUUGAUUUAGCUAAAGACAUGUUGCAAGUCCAUAGGAACACUUAUGCUGUUGUGGUUAGCACUGAGAACAUCACUCAGAACUGGUAUUUCGGGAACAGAAAGGCGAUGCUGAUCCCGAACUGCUUGUUUCGUGUCGGUGGAACCGCGGUUUUGCUCUCGAACAAGCCUAGGGAUCGUAGAAGGUCUAAGUACAAGAUGGUUCACACGGUUAGGACUCAUAAAGGAGCUGAUGAGAAGGCUUUUAACUGUGUUUAUCAAGAACAGGACGAGAAUGGGAAAACCGGAGUUUCUUUGUCCAAAGAUCUCAUGGCUAUAGCAGGGGAAGCUCUUAAGGCGAACAUCACUACUUUAGGUCCUUUGGUUCUUCCGAUAAGCGAGCAGAUUCUGUUUUUCGCAACUUUGGUCGCGAAGAAGCUGUUCAAUGCUAAGCUCAAGCCUUACAUUCCGGAUUUCAAGCUUGCUUUCGACCAUUUCUGUAUCCAUGCUGGUGGUAGAGCUGUGAUCGAUGAGCUCGAGAAGAAUCUGCAGCUUUCGCAGAGACAUGUCGAGGCAUCGAGGAUGACAUUGCACAGGUUCGGAAACACUUCCUCGAGCUCGAUAUGGUAUGAGCUGGCUUACAUUGAGGCUAAAGGAAGGAUGAAGAAAGGGAACAGAGUUUGGCAGAUUGCUUUUGGAAGUGGGUUUAAGUGUAACAGUGCGGUUUGGGUGGCUCUGCACAAUGUCAAGCCUUCGGUUAGUAGUCCGUGGGAACACUGCAUCGACCGAUAUCCGGUUAAGCUUGAUCACUGA